AAAAUAAUGCGAUGAUGGAUGUGGAUUUAUUGAGACCAGGCACUGUGCCUAUAUCUCCUGAUACAAUUCUUUGGUUUGAAUUUUUAUUAAAUCCAUCUUUAUUACAACAACAUUUAUCCAAACCUUCUCCCGAUCCUUCAGCGACGGAUUUAAUAAUCAAGUUUAUGACAAUAAAUUCAGAACAAAAGGAAAAUGAAGUGAAAAUUGUUGAUACAGAAAUAAAUGAUACAAAACCUAACACCGCAGUUAAAUGGAGUCACAGAAAUCUUGCUCUGAAAAUUCUUUCUUUAAAAGUAGCAGCUCAUUUAAAAUGGGAUUUGGAUAUAUUAGAAAAAAAAUUACCAUUACCAAUACAGUUAACACUACUCCAAGACCUUCUUUAUAUAACAUCAGAUUUAACAGUUGAAAUACCAACUAUACCUGAAUUUGUAAUGCAUCCAAUUUCUGAUCAACUACUAUUUACAAUUGUUUUAUACCAUAGAUGGCAUAUAAGAGCAAUUCUUUAUAGAGCCUUAAAUAACAAACAGUCAAAGCAACAAUUUCUUCAUAUUCCAGGUAUACAAGAAUCAACCUAUGUACCACCUGGGGUAAUAGAUGACAUAAUUAGAAAAUUAGAAACUCAAGUGUCUAAUAGUAUAACCGUCCUAAAUAAUGUUCUUGAAAGUAAAGAUAUAAAUCCAAAAAUGUUAUCCUUUGAUACUUUCCAAAUGCUAUCUGAAGAUAGUACAGAGAUUAAACAAAAUUGGGAGAAUAUGUAUUCUAUAAAUUUAGAAGAAUUUAAAUGUCAGAUACACUACGAUUUGGCAAGAUUUCAUUUGUUAAAAGAAGAAUAUCAAGAAGCAAAGCGUCACAUUAUACAAGCCAAAGAAUUAUUUUACAAUUUCGAUAAUUCAGAAGGGAAGUUAUAUUGUAAAGUUCAAAAAGAAUAUUUAGAUGGUUGUUCCUUAGCAUGUGAAGUACCUAUAGAAGGAGUUACUUCCAGUCUUACCCAACAAUUACAAGCAUCAAUUAAAGAUCAAUAUACUAAUAUAUUGCAAAUUCUACAAGCAGAUAACAUUACAAGAGAAAUUCCUCAAGUUUAUAGAGAUAAUUUGGAACUUGAUGUGCAAGGAGGAUCUGUUAAUAGAAAAGUUGUAGUUGCUCGCGAUCUUUUGCUCCAAAUUCAAUGUUUAAAUUUAGUUAGAAAAAUUGUAGAUGGUAGUAUAAUUCUUGGUGAUUAUAUAGCAGAAAUAGAAGCAGCUGGUAGCAAAGGAAUGGAUAUAUUUCUUUCGGCUCUUGGAAAUUUUUUGGAACAAGCUACUGAUACAGACAAAGGACGUAUUUCUCGCUAUCUUCUUUAUUUCGUACAUACCACUAAUAUUUAUAGGUUUGCUUCUAAAAUACUCAGCGAUCCAUUGUAUAUGACAUUAUUUAACGAGGAAGAAUUAGAAGAAAUCAGAAAAUCAGCUAUUGUUGAAGAACUUGAAAUACCGGAUUUAUUAUUGAAAAAUGAUUGGGGUACUCCGCUAAUAACAUAUACUCAAAGCUCAAGGAUAGAAAUAUUUGAAUUAGAACAAAGAUUAAUACAGUCAUAUGAUACUAAUGAAAUUCACGAAAUAUUGAUACACUUAGAUGGUAAACAUCGAAUGAAACCAUUAUGGAAUGUAAAUAGUUGUUGGGAACUACCUAUACCAUUACAAAGUGUUGUAAUGUCUCUUCCCAGAGGAUUCCUUCAAGAUUAUUCAUAUGUAUUAUUAGCAAAAAGUAGGGAAUUAGUAAUGUCUAAAGAUUUUGAAGGGGCAAUUGAGAUAUUAAAUGUAUUGGAGAAAGAAGUACAGCAACAUUCACAAAGUGGAAACACAUUAAUAUUUAAAUUGUGUAAAUUAGUAAACUGGGAAUGCCUUCUUGUAGAAAUUUGGAGAUGUCUUCACUUAUGGCCGGCAACGGGUAUAUGUGAUACGCAAAGUUUAGUCACAAGAUGUAAACAAUGUCUUGGAGCAUUACAAGCAACAGAUCAAGUUAUACCAAGACAAGAAAUUAUUGAAUAUUGCACUGUUUUUCUUUUAAAUAUGACUGAGUGGGAUUAUUUAACAAGUUUAGAGAAACGUUGGAGUUACUCAGAGUUUGCAGCAGCCAUCAGUAGCGUUUGUCAAGAUAUUGUUAAAUACAAAGGUGCAAGGAAAUUUCCAAGAGAAGCAUGGGAUAUGGUAUUGACUGCCUUUGGACCGAGUAGAGAUCAACCACAGAAACGAAGCAACAGUGGUAAUAGUGGAACAAGUACUGGUAGUGCUUCAAGAGAUGUUAUUGCUAGCAUUGGAGGUACACUUAGUAGAUUACGCGAACCUAUGGUUCUUACUGUCGUUAUUUCAUUAUUAGCACGUUUACGAAAUGUUUUACGUGAUGAAUCUGGUCUUGAAUUACAUACACAAUAUCUUUCUCUUUGGCCUGCUGGUGUACCAAACGCUAAUUCCUAUAAUAUUAGAAGUAUUGGAGAAUUGCUGUUUCAAUUGUUAACACAAGCUUUGAAAUAUUAUCCAAGUAAUGUUCCUUGGUUGAGAUUGAUGGGAGACCUUAAUUAUGUUUUAGGAUACUAUGAAAGUGCAAUAAAAUAUUAUUUAGAAGCUAUUAUGGUAGCCAGUGAUUUGUUCAGUCAACCAGUACCAAGAUCGCAGAUUGAUGAUCUCGUUUAUUGGCGUAUGAUUAAAUGUUGUGCUCAUUUACAAUGUUAUACCCAAGCUGCUGUACUGUGUCAAUUUUUGGAGGAAGUAGAUUAUACUUUAGCUUUUAAAAUGGCAGCCAGCGAUCAAAAAAGUUGCGCACCAGCAGACGCUAUGGACGCGUACUAUCAUUGUAUUUGGGAUACUACAAUACUUGAGUAUCUCAUUCAUUUACAUACAAAACGUGGUGAACACCAUAGAAAACAAUUAGCGAUUAAGGUAAUUGGUUUAUUGGAACUGAAUUCCAAUAAUAAUGAAGAAAUACAAAGGGAAGCAGCGAACAUUCGGAAAGCAAAAUUUUUAAGAGCAUUAGCAAAACAGUAUGUUUAUUAAUAAAAAUGUAUAUAAAAUUUUGUAUGAUUAUAUAAUAACUUUAUACAAUUUAAAUAUAAUGAUUUUUAUAUUUA